GCACUUGAAAGCAGCACCGUAGCUGCGUUUGACACUUGUAGUCGGAGAAGCUAGCUAGAUAUUGUUCAGCAUGUCUGAAAAGGAGCUGGGGAAAAAGUGGGACCGGUGCCUGGCAGACGGUGCCAUUAAACUCGGCACUGGGCUGGGGUUAGGAAUCGUGUUUUCUGUUCUGUUCUUCAAACGGCACACUUGGCCGAUUUCAUUCGGCUCAGGAACGGGACUUGGCAUGGCAUAUGCCAACUGUCAGAAUGACCUGAGGUCCUUUUAUUUGCUGCACAGAAGUGACAAGGAGCAAUAGCUGCAAGUCAUCGAGGGACUUUUUUUAUUUUUUUGACAUGUUUUUUUUGUUUUGUUUGUGUGAGAGUCACCAUUUGCACUGUUCUACAGUUAGAUUCUUGUCUUCCGGUUGAACGAUCCAUCCUAGUAUGACUCUUGUUUGAUUUGAAUGUGCCUGAUCAGGACAGCCUGUGUAUAUUUAAUAAAAUAAUCUUCAUCACGAC